AUGAUCUCAAGGAACUUUGCAGAUACACGAAGCAAUUCAAACGCGAUUGAAAUUGACUCAACUCUGUUGCCAGCAACAACAUUUGCGUACAGGUUGCUUCGUGUGACAUCGGUUUCUCUUCAGACAACAUUUAGUUAACAGAGAAUGAAUAGCAGCCUUGUAGACCAAUCAGAUUCUAUCUCUACACAUGAGAAACAUUACAACAUCCUGUAUUCAGAGGUCAACAAAGUGAAAGUGACGUGGAUGAAACGUGUAGAGAGGAAUCGUCGCAGUCAGUUGACUGUUGUACCUGUGUGACCAGCCUGAAAUGACAGUGCUCUGUGUUGGUGUCCCGUUACACAUGUGGCUGAGUAGACUAUAUAAGCAGCGCAAUGCAAACCAAUCGUAUAAAUCAGUGUGUGCUGCUGUCUACCCCUGCAGAAUUGUUUGAAGCGCGAGAUAGGCUGCUGCAGAUUUCAUUCCUUUCGGAUUAUUUGAAAAAGCUAAACAUAUUUUUUCAGCAAUAAUGGGUGUUAUGGUUUCGCAACUCUUCUCUCGUUUCUUCGAGAAAAAACAGAUGAGAAUUCUGAUGGUUGGGUUAGAUGCUGCAGGGAAGACCACAGUCCUGUACAAACUAAAACUUGGAGAAGUUGUCACUACUAUCCCCACUAUUGGGUUCAAUGUGGAGACGGUUGAGUACAAGAACAUCAGCUUCACGGUGUGGGAUGUAGGUGGUCAGCACGUCAUCAGACCUCUGUGGAAGCAUUACUACCAGAACACUCAGGGUCUUAUAUUUGUGGUAGACAGCAACGAUCCUGAGAGGAUAAAUGAUGCUUCAGAGGAACUGCAGAACAUGCUUGAAGAGGACCAGUUGAGAGAUGUAGUUCUGCUGGUGUUCGCCAACAAACAGGACCUUCCCAACGCCAUGUCUGUCAGUGACAUCACAAAUAAACUGGGACUGAGGAAACUUCAACUGAAUACUCCUUGGUUUGUCCAGGCUACCUGUUAAUGACAGACUUUUUGUCCUCUCUCCUCAGUGUUGUCCAGGCUACCUGUUAAUGACAGACUUUUUGUCCUCUCUCCUCAGUGGUUUGUCCAGGCUACCUGUUAAUGACGGACUUUUUGUCCUCUCUCCUCAGUGGUUUGUCCAGGCUACCUGUUAAUGACUAACUGUUUUAAUGACUGAAUGUUUGUCCUCUCUCCUCAGUGGUUUGUCCAGGCUACCUGUUAAUGACUGACUGUUUUAAUGACUGAAUGUUUGUCCUCUCUCCUCAGUGGUUUGUCCAGGCUACCUGUGCGACCCAGGGUUCAGGUCUGUUGGAGGGACUGGACUGGUUGGCUGACCAGCUUUCCAAGCGCUAACUAGCUGAGUUGGCUCUGUGGCGACGUUACCCCUAGGUACAGGUCUAGGAUCAGCUUCACCCUGUAACAGCUGAGCCGAGCCCUCCUUAAGAACGACCAGGACACAACGUUUACUCAAGAACAACCAUACAAUCAGAACAAAACUUAGAAGUGGCUUUCUGAAAAGUUUACGUUUCCAUUUUUUGGGGGGUAAUGCACUUUAAUGUAUUGCACAUAUUGUAACUUGGAAAGGUAUAUAUAAUAUAUAUAUUUUAAAUUAUCACUGAAUGAAUGUAAGCAGAUUCUUUAUCAACACCCCUGUAUUUAUUUCCUGACUUCCAAUACCUCACUACCUAUAAUAAAAUAAUGUGUUUAAAUGUAUCUGCAGUUGUUUUCUUUGUGGGUUUUGUUUCAGUGGUUUCCCUUGUCGUCACUGAAGGUUCUGUGUAAUGGAGACAAAGACUAAAACUGAACGGGGACAUAUUUGCGAACAUUAGAAAAAGUUUACGUUUGAACUCUGUCUCCUUCUCAAAAUGUGUGUAGCAGUGUGAUGUUGUUCCCCUAGAUUAUGCACCAAAUUGCACACAAGGACCAAUUCAAAUAGGCCAGGUCAAGAGGGGAUGUUAAUAAUCUGAUAAUAAUAAUAAUAAUAAUUCAGUGUAUUUUUUUUAUUUAAUUACAGCUGCAUAGCUAAUGUUUUUAUUUGGUGUACAAACACUUUUUCAUACCAAUAUUGUACAUACAAGUGAUUGUAAAAGUUUUGUAUAUUUUGGUUUGGCCCAUCGCGGGUUAUCUGUAUUCCCAUACCAUUUUAUCGUUCUCUUUUGCCUGACCCUUUUGCCUGACAAGGUAUGUUGUCCUUGGCUCCGAAACUGUUUAAUAUAAAACCGUCAUAAGGUUAUACAAUGUACUGUUUUGCAACCAUACGUUUGUUAUAGUGUGGACAGUGUAGGAAUUUAUGUUAACAAGUUUCACAGAGCUCACUGACUGGGGUAUCUGUUGUAACUUCUGAGUACUUGUGACAGUGGUUGAGUGAGUGUCCAUGUGCUCGCGCAGGUGCAGGAGAGCUGUGACUGCACCAAGGGUAACGUGUGUGUUGUCUCUUUGUGUGCAGGUAUGUCUUUUAUUUUGUCAGAAUUAUGUUCUGUAUAGUUUUACUUGUAUAUGCUGUUGUGCAGCGAGUGUGUGCACGCAGCACCUGUUAAUUCCUUUUGGCGCUCUUUUGCCUGACCCUCGGCUAGCAAGGUGCCGGAGAGCUGUGACUGCACCAAGGGUAACGUGUGUGUUGUCUCUUCGUGUGCAGGGCAAAUAAAAAGAUUUCAACGAGCAGAC